AUGGCUUCCUUCAGAGAGCGCGUCGACGAUAUCGCUCAGCUGGCUGUUGGGGUUACCUUCGACUUCGACUCGAACGAAUGGAUUGCGAAGUUCGGAAAUACGAUCAACAUCUUUCCCCUCCCCAACAAAGUUGCUGAAACUCCCGUUGUUGAAGAGCAGUUGGGCGGUGCUCUUGCUGGCAUCAGCGUGCCUAAAUAUCCUUUUGAGCAGGCGUACAUUGAAGCCUCCAAGUGGUUCCUCGGCACGUGUGCAUCUCAACGGGCGAAAGCGGCCAAGGAGAAGGGAGAAAAGCAACGUGAGGAGAAGAAGAUCUCGCCCAAGAAACGUCGCGGGCUCACCACCCCGACCGAAGCCAAUCCGCCGAAGAGGACGGCUACAGAGGAAACAGCAAGAGAUGAUAAAAAUUCGGUGACUUCGCCACCACCAAGCGAUGCCAAAGCGAAUUUCCCGCUUCUGUCGAAGGAAAUCGCGGUUAAAACGGUGCACACUGUGAGCGAUUAUCGCGUCGGUGACCGUGAAGAAGAGUAUCUUAUAACUGGGAAAAUCGGCAGUGCUGGUCCGCUGGAGAAUUGGUGGAUACGUCUUGACAAUGUUGCUGGGAAUCAGACUGCUAUUAGUAAACUGAAGAAUUAUCGUAAGAACUACAUAUAUCGCAACAACGCGGCUAGAAAAGCGGAGGCGCAAGAUUUGGCAGAGGAGGACGCUGACGAGGAUGAGGAUGCGGAAUACGAAGUGGAAUGUCUGUUGGACGUUCGUAUCGUUGGAAAAAAAGAAGAAUUCCUGGUAAAAUGGAAGGAUUAUCCACCGGCUGAGAACACCUGGGAACCAAUCGCGAACCUGACGGGCGUCGAGCCUUCUGAAUUAGAACAGUGCAGGCAGAAACAAGCUCAUUUGAUAGUACCGAGGAGCAGUAGGUCGGCGCCGGCGAGGAAAGGAGUAGAUAAAGCUUCGGAGUCUUCCAAAGAAGCAGUGGAAGGUGGUGAGACUCAGACGAAGGAGACAUCUUCUGAGAUGAACAUUGGUAAAACUUUGGGAAAAUUUUAG